GCAAACGGUAACAAAAUGGAGGGCGACCGUAAACUUUCACUGCCUGGCUUACCGCCUUUACCAAAGAGCCUUUGUGCUGCUGUAGGUGCAACAGCAAGUGGAACUGCCAGUGGCUCGCCGCUAAGUCACGUAAAUCAACAUUUUUUAAGUGGAACUAUGGAUGGCGAGCUUUAUUUGGGUGCAUCCACUUCCUCAGCAGCGGCUGCUCAUCGGCAACGUGUUAACCAUCGACAUGGAAGUUUAUCAAGCACUCAAGAGUCCCUCAGCGAUCGCGAAAGUUUACAUAGUAGAGCUUCAUCAACUCACAGCAGCCAUUAUUAUCACCACUCCACACAAUUGCUUACUCCUACUAACAAUAACCACAGUUCGAACAACAGCAGCAAUAAUAAUACUCACAAUCAUACACGUACUGAUAGUGAAAGUACGUCUGGUUCGGGGUCCAAUAGUAAGCUGGAUACGCAACUAGCCAUACUAAGGCGCGAAAUGUAUGGUUUACGGCAAUUGGAUUUGUCUUUGUUGUCACAGUUGUGGGCUUUAAACGAAUCUAUACAAGGAUUUCGAGUGUAUCUGCAAGAGCAAGAAGCGCUCUCACCACCUUCCCCAUCACCCACACCUUCAGAAACUAACUCGCUUACAUCUGAGCCUGAAGAUGAGUCAUAUUCUGCACAGCCGCCACCAAAAAUUGUGCAUUCUGGCCCUAAAUUGCCGCUUGAAAGAAGUUCAAUUAUUUCGCAUGCUUCAAGCAGUUCUCAUUCCGCUACUUCCGGGUCUUCGUCUGCUACAUCAUCGAUGAGUAAACAUCAUGGGCUCCUGCCACCAACUCCUGCACCACAGAAGUCGCACCCGCAAUUACCUCGCAUAUUACAGCAGCGAAUGCGGCGGGCACCCCCUCCACCACCACCUAUACGUCCCAAAUCUUCACCUUCAGUUAGUUCGGCCAACACAACAGCAACUGCUACCACAACGCCACGCCAUAGUAAAUCAUCUUCACCAUCGCCUGUAGCUGCGAAUAAUGCCGUCGUCGCUGCCAUCCAACACAGACAUCUAUGACAAAACCCCUUCUUGGAUUAGACCUUCGAGCUGCCGGUUUAAUUCAAGAACAGGAUUGUUGUUUGAUCUACGUUGUGUGUACAUGAUAAUCUAAAGUCUCGUAACUUUUUACUUGACAAACAAUUCGCCUACAUUCAAGGAAACUCACACUAUUCGGACGAUUCUUAAAUUUGAGAGCAUUGUAUUUCAGGAGUUUUGCUGGCUUUUCCUCAUUGGCUGCAUUCCAAGAGUUCGAAAUCUACAGUCCUUCACCCUUUUACGGUUGGCACUUGCGUCGAUUUUUGUGAUCUUCCUUGGCUCGGAAGAUUUCCCUUGUUUUUUUUUUCUAACUCGGAAAAAAAAUUGUGCUUUCCUUUAUUUUUACUUUUGACUAUCUAAGCACAUUUCGUUUUAUAUAUUUAUACGUUUUUCCCAGUUUACGUUCUUUUGCGAGCCACUAGGUUCUCGUUUUUCUAUUUUUUAGGUUUGAAUUAUAUAUUUUUUGUUUUUCCACUCAUACACACUUCCGAACGGUUUUUAUUAUUCUUUUCUUCCCCGUCUGUCAUCGAUCACUGUCAAUUUUAUAAAGAUCCAUCGCUCUGGUUGCUUUUGCUUGCUUUGCUCACUUUUUGCUUUUUUUUUCUUUUCAGCGCAUCAAUGCACUUACGAAACCGUUUUGCACAAUUAUCGCUGUUUUCUCUUGCUUUGUGCCACUAUGUCUUUUAUAUACAGGAUUGGUUUUUUUCGCGUUACUGCUAGUUAUUACAUCACCUUUUUUUGUUGUUUUUGUUGUUUGAACGUUUUAUAUACUUUUCCUUGUACUGUGCUUAACUUAGUUUUACUAAGGGAUGUUUUUUGUUACUUAGCAAGAUCUCGUGUAUUUUACUUUCUUUUUUUUAUGUCAUGAAUUUUAUGUUUAAAUAAAUAUUCUGAUGUUUGAAUUUUAUAUUUAAUACAUUCCUUUUUUUUUAAUAAAAACGUCGAAACAGUUCCUGCUUGGGCGGCACUUGGGAGGCAGCUUGUAGCCGAUUAUCUGGUGCCGGGGACCGCCUGCUGAUUUUCCAGGUGUUUCUACCCUCAAGUAAAUUUAUAUUUUCUAGGACUUUUUGCUCGCUUUCUCCGUCUUGAGUUAUUAUUCAUUUUAUAAUAUAAGGAAAUUGGGGUUUCCGAAUGACACAAUUGAGAAUCGACUUAUUAAUAUUUAGAGAAGAUGUUUAUUCAAUGUGUAAAAUAAAACGUAUGGCUUAAAACCCGUCGUGAUUCAUUGGUCGCUCGAUCAGAAGAAAAACGCAAAUUAUCGCCUCCUCGACCCGGACGACAAUAGAAUUUGUACUUCCUGCUACGUUGUCUUUUGAAGUCAAAACGAGGUACGACAUUGACUCCCCACAACAGUAUUCAACUGUUAAUAGUGCGGCUUAACACUAUGCGUUUCACAAAAGUGCUUAUUUCGCGAUGUUUACCAUUUAACUGUAAUAAUUUUAAUUAUAGUAAAAUAAUUUCUCAUGCGAUAUUUUCUUUUAACAAUUUAGUUCACAUAACAUUGACAGCUGUAAUGUGGUAUAUUAUUGAGAUGUUCGUAACCGAAUUGAACUUGUAUAUGAUGAGUGUGCUGAGUUUUUUGUACUUUUACAGUGCUCUCUAUAUAACCAGAAUGCACCACAUACAAAAUUGUUAGGAAAAAUCGAUAAUUAUUAAAGUGUUACCUACGUUAUUCAUACGAAAUAAUUUUCGGAAGCAUAACCAAAUCUGUCUGAAAAAGAAAAUUGAAAAAAAAUUUCUUUUUUCAAUUACCGAUUAAAAUUAAAAUGGCGAAAUAUGAAGUAGGUAGUGUAAAUGCAAAGAAAAUUCUUUAGCGGGUCUGUCCCUUGCAGUAACUCUAGUUUAGUUGAAAGACGCAAGUUACGCUGCUUUCUUCACAAAAUCACUUUAUUAAUUUUAGCUUUAUCUUUUUUUUAUAAUACUACUUAUAACUUUUAAAAUGUGUUUGUUUACAAUUUCGAAAUAUACUUAAUAAACAAAAUUCAUAAAUAGAGAAGUAAUAUGAUAUGCAGUACUUGACCAGAAGCAGUGACUCAAGGAUAGAAUAGGAGUAAGUUUAAUGACUGUUGUGAGUAACUGUUGGACGUAAGUCGCGCGCUAGCUAGUAAAACUAAUACAGUUGAUAGUUUUUACAUUUUUACUUUUCAUUUACAGAGUCGUAUAUAGAUACUUAAUUGCACUGUAACUAACUUAAACAAAAUCAUAAAAGUUAAACGAAAUGUAUAUUUAGGUAAAAAUAAAAUAUUGCAGACUACUUUUUUCUUUCUCCAAUAAAACUUGCUCAAAAUCUUUCUUUUUUUUCUCUUUUAUAAAGUCAAUUAGCAGCAAAUAUAAAAAAAAAUACAUAAAAGAGGAACAUAUGUGUAGAAAUUGUUCAACAUUGUCUAUUGUGAGUAUAAAAACUUGACAUAAGAAUUCAUUCAAAUUUUCAUCCAAAAAGAGUUAAUGAAAUAUUUUUACAUCCGUUUUCACUUAUAACGGAAUAAACUGUUAACAAAUGAAUAUUUCAUAAACAACGCGAUGGCUAGAUUUUAAGGUGGAAAACAAAAGUAAUUAAAGUAAUUGUUAACUUUUUUGUAUAAAAAC